AAAUGGCUGACGGUAACCACUCUCUCCAAUAGGCGCGUGGUCUUUCCAAAAUAAACCAUUCCCCCAUUAUAAUUCGAAAUUCAUCCAUCGCCUUUCUUUCUUUUUCGCUCUCUCUCUCUCUCUCUCUCUCUAUUUGAGCUUGAAAAGGAGAAUGGCGAAAUUGCCUUUCUGAUCUACAGCGAAGAAGCGGAAGAAAGGCGAAGCUUUCCCGCAUUGAUUUUCUCUUGUUGAUCGAAACCCUAGAAUAAAGGAACAGGAAGAAGAAGAAGAAGGAGCUGAAGCUGAAGAAGAAGAAGAAGAAGAAGAAGAAGAAGAAGAAGAAGAAGAAGAAGUUUUUCGUUUUUGUUUAUUGAGCAUUCUGGUUCACGAUGGGUUUGUGGGAAGCGUUUCUCAAUUGGCUUCGAAGCCUCUUUUUCAAGCAAGAGAUGGAAUUAUCUCUGAUUGGGCUUCAGAAUGCUGGAAAAACAUCACUUGUAAAUGUUAUUGCAACGGGUGGAUACAGUGAAGAUAUGAUCCCAACGGUAGGAUUUAACAUGAAGAAGGUGACAAAAGGAAAUGUAACAAUAAAGCUUUGGGAUCUUGGAGGCCAACCAAGAUUCCGUAGCAUGUGGGAAAGAUAUUGUCGUGCAGUUUCUGCCAUUGUUUAUGUUGUGGAUGCCGCUGAUUACGAGAACUUGUCUGUUUCAAGAAGUGAGCUUCAUGACUUGUUGAGUAAGCCUUCACUUAAUGGAAUUCCAUUGCUGGUAUUGGGUAACAAGAUUGACAAACAAGGAGCUCUGUCGAAGUCGGAUCUCACAGAACGAAUGGGACUCAAGUCUAUCACUGAUAGAGAAGUCUGUUGCUAUAUGAUUUCCUGCAAGAACUCAACCAAUAUCGAUACGGUCAUUGAUUGGCUCGUAAAGCAUUCAAAGUCGAAAAACUAAGCUGCAGUGGCUGCAAUCUCCGCUUCCAACGUUUAAUUGUAAGAGGCAUGUUUCUAGUUGGCAAAUAUGUCGGUUGUUCUUGUCCAUCUGAGCUUUUGCUGAUAUAUGAAUAUCCAACUUCCCUGUCCUGUUGCUGUGUUUAUACCUUCGCACAUACCUAUUAUGUACAUUGGUUUAGAUUUGUAUUUGAUGAGGGCUGUGAUUCUCUUGUUGGAAGGAAAAAAAAAAGGAGGGAAAACAGAGCUUGAUUUUGAUUGUUGCUAUAACUUCCAUUUGACUAUGUGGAUUGUCAUCUAAACAUUUUUCCCUUUGUGUAUGAUUCUAUCUGUUACUUGGACUAA